AUGGGUCCGAGCAGCAACGGACCACACCUCUCUCUCUCUCCGUCUCCAUCACACCCAGUCCCUCGCGCGGGGGCCAAGGGAUGGGAGUGACGUGGCACUACAGGAUAGGCCCAGGCCCAUAAGGCAGGUAGGUAGUAUGGAAACAUCGGGGUAUGUCGGCGCGAACGAAGUCCGACGAGGACGACGUCAUACCCUCCCAUGUUCGAAGCCAUUGUGGGCAUUUCUCCGAACACCUUCACGGCAACUAGCUCCUUCCCAUCUCGAAGACGACUAGUUGCAGAACUCUCAGAACACCAAGAACUUCAACGAGAGAGAGAGAGAGAGAGAGCUGCACAAGAACUUACACAAAGAGUGAGGAAGAAUCUGAGAAAUUGAGAUCGAAGAGAGAAGCAGAGGCUGUGUUCCGGGAGAUUUGAAAUAUUUAUAUAUAUAAUUCAACGAGGUAGUUGAUGAGAAAUUCUGGAGUGAAGAACUCCGACGAGGAUGACAGAGCCAGACAGUAUGUUUCGCGAUCACCCCCCUCCCCCCCCCUGUUCUUCUUCUUCAGAGGAAGGUUGCGGGGGAGGGCGCGCAAAAGAAGAAACAAUUGGUGGGCACGACGGCUUAACUAAUGUGUGUUGGAGAAAUACAUAGGGAAAAUAAGUAGAGCAAAUUGGGAUCCGGGGGCGGGCUGCCGGCGCCGCCAGAGGAUGGGAAGUGGGGAGGAGGAGAGCUCAGGACUUGGACCUCUUCCUUGCCUCGCUGUAGAGCACGACGCCCAUGACUGUAAUGCCGAAGCCCGCCAUGCCCAUGACGGUGACUGGGUUCCGGAAAAUGAGCACCGACACGACGGCGGCGACGGCGGCCUUGGCGUUGCCGAGCACUUGCAGGGUGAGGGCACUGGUGUGCUUGGUGACGAGGAAGUUGGUGAGGUUGACCAGGUAGGCGACGGUGGCAUUCCCCAGGAGGAGCAGGAGGAUGUUGGGGUCGGACCUCGCCUUCUCCAGAGUGAUGGCGCCCACGUUGCCCUCGACGUAGAGCGAGAUUGGGAGCAGGAUGGCGGCGGCGAUGGGGGCCAUGUACAGGAGGAGGUUCAUGGAAUUGAGGCGCUCCGCCUCGGAGGUGAGGAUGAUGCCCUGGACAACGGACUUGAGAGCCCGGCCGGCGGUGGAGCCGAUGCAGACGAGGAAGCCGAAGAGGUGGAAAAGGGGCUCGCUGUUGCUGGCGACGACGAUGCCAAGGACGACGGGGAGGAGAGCGAGGUAGACGAGGGGGUGCUCGCGGCGGCAGGUGAGGAGGAAGGCGAAGAUGGCGGUGAAGAAUGGGGUGGUAGCGCCGACGGCCUGGUUAAAGGAGACGGGAAUGUAG